AUGCUUCGACAAACCGUUCCUUCGCUGAGGCGUUGCUUGGGAAUGCUCAGCAGCAACAGUGGCAGGCAAUCGAGGCUUGUUGUCCAGUCAAUGGGUGUUCGCUCACUGUCAACAUCAUCAUCACGAACACCUCCAAUAAGUACUAGUAGUGAUGCCAUUAUUCAAGGUCAGGUCGUCGACAUUCACAAUCGUAGGAUAUUUCCGGGACAAGUCCAUGUCAAGGGAACCACCAUUGCUUCCAUCCAGGAACUAUCCGAAGAUGACACUACUAUUCCCACGGACCAAUACAUUCUGCCCGGCUUUUGUGAUUCUCAUGUGCACGUCGAAUCCUCACUACUGGUACCCAGCGAAUUUGCCAGAUUAUCCGUCAGCCAUGGCACGGUCGCCAUUGUGACGGAUCCUCAUGAGAUUGCCAAUGUCUGUGGCAUGCCAGGCAUUCGAUUCAUGUUGGACAAUGCGGCACAAGUGCCCUUUCAUUUCUUCUUUGGGGCGCCCUCCUGUGUUCCAGCAACGGCCUUUGAAACUGCCGGUGCCGAGAUUACCGCAGACGAUAUCAGAGAAUUGUUUGAUCAUCCAGAUUACAAGGGGAAAAUAGUGUACCUGGCAGAAAUGAUGAAUUGGCCCGGCGUCAUUGCGGAAGAUCCUGAUUGUUUGGAAAAGAUUCAAAUCGCCCUGGACCGGGGACUGCCCGUCGAUGGACAUGCCCCCAAUGUUCGGAGUCCACUCAUUGAACAAUACGCCAAACACGGAAUGACCACCGAUCAUGAAUCCUUCACGUUGCCAGAAGCCAAGGAGAAGAUUGCCGCCGGACUCAAGGUCCAAAUACGAGAAGGAUCCGGGGCUCGCAAUUUUGACGAGUUGCACCCCAUUCUGGGGUUGUAUCCCGAACAGACCAUGUUUUGUUGCGACGAUACGCAUCCCGAUCUGCUGCGGGAACGGCAUUUGGAUUGGCAUGUCCGAGAAGCCGUCAAGCUGGGCUACAAUCUAUUUGAUGUACUGAGAGCGGCAUCCAAAAAUGUCGUGGAACACUAUAAGCUGCCAGUGGGACUCUUGCGACAGGGAGACAAUGCCGAUUUCAUUGUGGUCAACAAUCUGCAAGACUUUGAUGUGCAAGAAACGUGGAUCAAUGGUCAAUGUGUAGCACGUCACAAGGAACCGCUCUUUGACAGUGUUCCUGUAUCAGAACCCAUCAAUUUCUUUGAUCGUACCGAUCCAAUUACUAUCGACGAUAUUGCCCGGAAUGACCCCGGACCAGUCCGCGUCAUUGUCGCUCACGAUGGACAAUUGGUGACAUCGGAACAGCAUUUGCAGCCGGGUGGUGAUGAUCCCGAUGUGCUCAAAAUUGUCAAUGUCAAUCGAUACGAUCGAAAUGCUCCCAUUGCCACGGCAUACAUUAAGGGGUUUGGCUUGCAACAGGGAGCCUUUGCGGGCAGUGUCGCUCAUGAUUCUCACAAUAUUGUCGCCGUGGGAUGCACCGAUCAGGAUCUGGUUGAUGCCGUCAAUGCCAUUAUCAAUGUCAAGGGGGGAUUGUCCUUUUCGAAAGAUGGGCAAGCCCAAGUUCUGCCGCUGCCCGUGGCGGGUUUGAUGAGUACUGGGAAUGGACCCGAUGUUGCCGAUGAAUACAUUUUGCUAGACCGACUGGUCAAGGAAAAUGGUUCCAAACUGAGGGCACCUUACAUGACACUCUCGUUCAUGGCUCUAUUGGUCAUUCCACAACUCAAGCUCAGUGAUAAGGGACUCUUUUGCGGCAAGACGUUUCGGUUUAUGAAUGUGAGUUUGGCCGAAGACGAGGAACAGCUGGAGGGGGAAGCCGCGUCCUCGUAG